AUGGCAGAUCCCAACGACCACCUUGCGGUGGUCGUGCAGCAGAGUCCAAUGGCUGCUGACAGCCAAAUCCCCAAGAACCCUUCUUGCGUGGUCUGUGCGCGAAGAAAGGUCAGGUGUGAUCGCAAUGAUCCUUGUUCUGCCUGUAUCAAACGCGGCGCUGAGUGUGUUUUCCCUACUCAUAUCCCUCCGCGUCGCCGCAAAAGGCAGCGCUCGGAGGACCGCCGACACAGCGGCUUCCCCUAUCAGAGUCCUAUUAGACAAGACAACGCUGCGUCAGCUCGCAUCAGCCACUUAGACCAUCCAGCAACCACACGCAAUGCUUUCCCCAGUGGCUCCAGGGCUGAACAAGGGAUGUUGCUCACAGGUGACGGGAAAUCCAUCUAUCUAGACAGCGUCCGAGGCGAGCUUCCUCGGGCGGAGGAUGUGUUACGGGACAUAUCCGACAACGAUUCAAAUCAUUCUGCCCAGGGAGUGGAUGACGAAAUCUCCUUGAUCUUGGGAGAAACAGUGAAGAAAAGCCUGAGUGCACUUCACCCCUCUCCACUACACAUCUUUAAACUUUGGCAAACUUUCCUUGAGAAUAUCAAUCCAUUGAUUAAGAUACUACACGGCCCAACCGUCCAGCAACAGCUUCUAGAAGCCAGCGGUAGCUUAAACACAGUCUCCAAGGAGCUUGAGGCAUUAAUGUUCUCAAUAUAUUGUAUCGCAUUGGUUUCUCUGAAGGCAGAUGAUGUACAAAAAACUUACGGAGAGAGCAAAGCUUUGUUACUCUCAAGAUUCCGACGCGGAGCUCGUUUAGCUUUUACCAAGGCUGGCAUUCUACGUACAUCAAAAACCGUAGUUCUCCAGGCAUUUGUUUUGUAUUUGCUUUCCAUGCGUGCGUCCUCUGACCCCCAGUCUAUUUGGUCCUUAUGUGGCGUUGCGGUGCGAAUGGCUCAGCGGAUUGGACUCCAUCGAGACGGAUCUGAGCUUGGAUUAUCCAUUUUCGAAACGGAAAUGCGCCGCCGUCUUUGGCGACAGCUAUCAAUAUUAGAUGUCACUACGGCACAAAGUUCCGGCAUCACUUCGCAGUUCCCGUAUUUUUCUGUUGACGUCCUCCCCCCGUCCAACAUAAAUGACAGUGAGCUUGAUCCACGCAUGACGGAUAUGCCUCGCGAAAAUCAUGGCGCGACAGAAAUGAUGUUCGUCCUUGCACGGAGCGAAUUUGGCGAAUGGAUGAGGCGCUGGUCCAAGGCCGGCGGAGCCUCUCACGGAGGUCGAGGUUUCUUGGCCUCUUCGGCGUUGUCUUAUGAGGCGAAGGAUCAAGCAAUCGAGGAGCUGAGCCGCGCAUUCGAAUCGAAAUUCCUGUCGUAUUGCGACAAAUCCAUUCCACUACACUACAUGUCGGCUAGACUGAUGCAGAAUGUUGUAUGCCAAAUGAGAUUCUCCGCCCACCAUCCCCGCCAGUAUGGCGAGAAAGACCACAUAUCACUAGCGGAAAGGGAUUUCGUCUUUUCCACAUGCGUGCAAGUCAUGGAAGGGUUCGAGGAUUGUCAGAGCAACGAGAUCAUACAGCGAUAUCUGUGGCACGUGGACAAUCACAUCCCGUGGGAUGUGUUGAUUUAUACGCUAUAUGAGCUCCGGACCCGCAUAGAUGAAGAAGAAACCAAGAGGUCGUGGGUCCUCAUUGACAGGAUAUACAGUCGGCAUUAUGACCAGAUGAGAAACAGGCCCAAAACCCCUCUUCAUAUUGCAAUACAGGGGCUGAUUUUGAAAGCUUGGAAGUCCCAUUCUGAGGAGCGUACUCGACGCAAUCGCCAUCUGUUACCCCGUCCUCAUAUCGUUUCGGUAUUGUCUGAAAGAUCGGAGCGAGGCACCUCGUCUCAUCAGCCGAGCUUUGAACCCAGUGUGACCCCCCAAGGACGAACUACACAAGAGACCAUUCCCAAUAACGCUGGGAUGCUUGAUCCCGGUGACGACCUAAAUAAUUUUGACCACAGCCCCUUAGAUUGGGGCCAGUGGGACGAUCUUCUGGAGAAUUUCCAGCUAGAAUUCCCAAACAGUGAAUUAUUCUCGACGGAUGCUUUCUGA